GCGUGAUAGGAGUACAUACAGUGCACGUACUGCAUGCAUUCUGCUGUGAUUCUCCGUUGAUACCAACACGUGUGCUUGUUCACCGCACAUCGUCAGUCGAGUCUUGGGUAGCCGUGCGGUUCUCUUGAAGGUACAGGUGCCAGGGGAAUUAGUGAGCCGUCAUGGCAGACCCAGUGGUGAUUGUAUCUGCAGCUCGUACUCCAAUUGGCUCCAUCAAUGGGGCACUUGCCUCGCUGGCUGCAAACCAGCUCGGCACCAUUGCCAUCAAAGAGGCCCUUCAGAGGGCAAAGGUCAGCCCGGAGGAUGUGUCAGAGGUCAUCCUGGGUCAAGUUCUGACGGCGGCAGAAGGGCAGAACCCAGCGAGACAAGCCAGCGUCAAUGCUGGAAUCCCAGUCACGGUAGCCGCCUGCACCGUCAACAUGGUGUGCGGCUCAGGUCUAAGAGCUGUGGUCCUAGGUUCACAAGCCAUACAGUGUGGCGAUGCCACAAUAGUUGUAGCAGGAGGCCAAGAGAGUAUGAGCAAGGCUCCUCAUGCAGUCCACAUGAGAAACGGCGUCAAGUUUGGCGACUGCUCAUUGGCGGACACCUUGCUGAUUGAUGGACUGAAAGACGCCUUUAACAAGUACCACAUGGGAAUAACAGCUGAGAAUGUUGCAAAGCAGUGGAAAGUCUCCCGGGAGGAGCAAGACGAGUUUGCCUUGAAGUCGCAACUCCGCUGCGAAGCAGCUCAGGCGAAGGGGGCCUUUGAUGAGGAAAUCGUACCCGUGACCGUGGCACAGAGAAAAGGGACUACGGUUGUGAAGCAGGACGAGUUUCCAAGGAAAGGUUGUGUGAUUGAGAACUUUGCCAAACUCAGAGCGGCCUUCAUUCAAGACGGAACCGGCACGGUGACAGCUGGGAAUGCCUCAGGUAUCAAUGACGGUGCUGCUGCUCUGGUUCUGAUGAAGAAAUCGGAGGCCGAGAAGAGAGGCAUUAGCCCACUGGCCAGCAUCGUCAACUGGGCUCAGGCAGGGGUGGACCCUGCUGUCAUGGGAACAGGGCCCAUACCAGCCAUCAAGAAAGCUUUGGAGAAGGCCGGUUGGAGUAUACCAGACGUGGACCUGUUUGAGCUGAACGAGGCUUUUGCUGCUCAGUCUCUGGCUGUGGUCAAGGAGCUAGGAUUGGAUCCCGCUAAGGUGAACGUUAAUGGCGGAGCUAUUGCCUUGGGCCACCCCAUCGGAGCCUCGGGCGCACGCAUACUGGUGACACUCCUGCACGCGCUCAGACAGACUGGCGGGAAGAAAGGCGUGGCUGCACUGUGCAUCGGAGGCGGAAUGGGCAUCGCACUGUGCGUAGAGUUAUAAACAAAUUCUGGCUUUGGAAAAUACUGUACUAGGAAAUGUUUUUUGAUUACACAGUAUAACUAACUUAACAAUAAUAAGUAUGACAGCAGGGAAUUCAUUGAAGAGAAAAUUGGAGGGCAAGUGGUUGCUCAUCUCAUUCAGAGGACUUUAUGAUUUUUUUGGAUUGGAUAGUUGUUGUGGGAUAUGUCUGUACAGGAUUUUUUUUGAAAAUGUUCAAUGGAAUAUUUGACUUAAUGAUUACUAAAUGUAAUUCAUAAAUACCUCAGCCUCGUCUCCCUAUUCAACAACGCGCAACUUGACUGUGCAUUAACACUUGAUAAUGCCUGCUAAGAAAAGUGAUUAUGCCCGCUGCGUUAAUCACCUGGAUACGAGAGAGUUUAAUUGAUUCUGAUGGGUCAACAGUGUGUUCACAUGGUUCGACACGCGUGCGCCAAGUCCAUAAAAGGACAUUCUAUCGGGCAACUUACAAAAGGAAUAUACCAUAAAAUGGUCAGGGGUGUUCAGAAAAUGAAAGUAAAAUUCUAGAACAAAAUCGUUGGAAAU